CUUUCCACAGAUCGUAUUGGUUGAUACUGGCGUGUGUUUUUCCCGCGAGUGAACGUCUCUCGCGCCGCACAAAAGGGUGCAUGGUGGUGUAGGGAGGUUGUUGAUAGUGUCCUUUGCACAAAUUCAACGAUUUUGAACGCAGAAUAAUGGCUAAACAAAGAUCACUUUUCAGUUUUUUCACGAAGUCUCCACCACCGGUUUCCAAGCCGAAGACUAGCCCUUCUCCGACCGAGACAGACAUGCCUUCCUCGGUGGAAAAGUCCAACUCCUCUCCAAAGGAACAGGCUAAGCAAACGCAACAACAACCGACCAGAAUAAAAUGUGACAACGCCAAACCGAAAUGUGACAACGCCAAACCGAAAUGUGACUCUAAAAAGUCUGCCAAUGGAGGAUUUAGUAAACUAUUUAGCAAAAAGGCCGCUUCACCCGCAAAAAGCCCCACAUGUCCAUUCAGUGCUGGUGCACUAGUGUGGGCAAAAAUGGAGGGACACCCCUGGUGGCCGUGCAUGGUGGUACCGCAACCUCUGACUGGACAGCAGAUGAGGGCUCGUGGCCAAGCCCAACGCAUCCAUGUUCAUUUCUUUGAUGAACCUCCAACAAGGGGUUGGGUCCAUGUCAAAUAUAUCAGAGAAUACCAAGGCUCUGACAGCAGUGAUGCUAAAGUCGGAGGGGUCUUCUUCAGUAGCAAGCCUGUGAUCCGACAUGCCGUGGAGCUUGCUGAUAAAGUUUUGUUUGACACUCCUGAAAAAAGAUUAAAGAUGCCCAUGUGCACUGAUCCAUCAGAUGAAGAAGAGGAGGAGGAAGAGAUGGAGCUUGAGCAGUCCACUUUAACUGAUGAGAAGUUUACUGAAGAGGAUAGUCCCAAAACUGAGGAAAGGUCCGCCCGUCGCCGUUCAUCCCGUGCUGUCACAGAAAAGAGCAACAAAGCCAAGCGGCGUCGCAUUAUUGUUGUGUCUGACAGUGAUGACUCUGGAGAUGAGUUUAAACCAGAACAUGCUGCUUCCAGCAGUGAGGAGGAUGAGGAAGAGGAAACAGUGAGUAGUGAAGAGGAGAAGAGUGCACACGAAUCAGAACCUGAAAGCCCUGUUAAACCUGUGAAGCGCAAACGUCCUGCAGAAAAGCCUGCAAAUGAAAAACCAAAAGUAUCACCUCCUCCAGUUGCUGCACCAAAACGAGCUCCAGCGGCUGUCGCAGCUGACACUAAGUCACGUCUCUCAGCCUACUCUGCCCCUGACAACUUUGACAGCCAGACAAACGAUUCAGGCUCCAAUGGAGGUACCACGGUUUGGGAUCAUGACAAACUGGAAUGGCUGCAAGAUGGCCGGAGGAAAGAUGGCCGAAGGCGGCGUCAAACAGAAGAGGACUAUGACCCCACAACCCUGUAUGUCCCUGAAGACUUUCUUAACAGAAACACCCCUGGUAUGCGGCGAUGGUGGCAGCUCAAAUCAGAGAUGUUCGAUACUGUGAUCUUUUAUAAGGUGGGAAAGUUCUAUGAGCUCUACCACAUGGAUGCUGUUAUUGGAGUCAAUGAGCUUGGACUGACCUUCAUGAAGGGGAAUUGGGCACAUUCAGGAUUCCCAGAGAUUGGUUUUGGACGUUUCUCAGAUGUACUGGUCCAAAAAGGUUACAAGGUGGCUCGAGUGGAGCAGACAGAAACACCAGAAAUGAUGGAAGCUCGUUGUAAGAGCAUGGCCAAACCCACAAAAUUCGACCGCGUGGUCAGAAGAGAAGUGUGUCGGAUCAUCACUCGUGGCACUCAAACCUACAGUGUGCUGGAUGGUGCAUCUUCAGAGAGUCAGAGCAAGUUUCUCCUCAGUUUUAAGGAGAAGAGUGAAGAUGAAAGCACAGGGCGCUGUCGCACUUAUGGAGUCUGCUUUGUGGACACCUCAGUGGGUCAUUUCAACAUAGGACAGUUCCAAGAUGAUCGUAACUGCUCCCGCAUGCGCACUCUGAUAGCACACUUUACUCCCGUUGAGGUGCUGUUUGAAAAGGGAAAUCCAUCUGCUGAAACUCGCAAAAUCUUGAAGGCAUCUCUGUCCUCUGCUCUGCAGGAAGGACUUAAUUCAGGAACACAGUUCUGGGAUGCACAGAAAACUCUGAAAACCCUGUCGGAAGAAGAAUACUUCAAAGAUGCUGCUUGUAAGAAUGAAGAGAUGAAGACUAAAAACAAUUUUCUUCCUGCUGUUCUGAAGCAGAUGACAUCUGAGAGUGAUUCUCUCUGCCUCACUCCAAAGGAUGGAUAUGAGCUAGCCCUCUCUGCACUUGGUGGCUGCAUCUAUUACCUUAAGAAAUGUCUGGUGGACCUUGAGCUGCUCUCUAUGGCUAAUUUUGAAGAAUAUGUCCCAGUUGAUGUUGAGAUGGAAAAAGCUGCUGGAGAUGUCAGUUUCUUUGCCCAGACUCGUCAGCGAAUGGUCCUUGAUGGAGUGACACUGGCAAACUUGGAAAUCUUUCAAAACGCAUCAGGAGGAACUGAAGGGACGCUCAUGGAGCGCUUGGACACAUGCUCCACACCAUUUGGAAAGCGGUUGUUGAAGCAAUGGCUCUGCGCUCCUCUCUGCAAUCCUUCAUCUAUAACAGACAGACUGGAUGCAGUCGAGGACUUGAUGGGAGCUCAGGCCCAGGCUUCAGAGGCUACAGACCUGCUGAAGAAGCUUCCAGAUCUUGAACGCCUCCUGAGUAAAAUCCACAGUAUCGGCACUCCNNNCUAUGAGGAGGUCACGUACAGCAAGCGCAAGAUCGCCGAUUUCCUCUCCACGCUAGAUGGUUUCAAAACAAUGCAGGAAAUUAUUUCCAUUUUUGCUUCAGUUUCAGAUGAAUUCAAAUCUGCAAUGCUCCGUCAAGUGGUCAGCCUAAAAAGUAAGAAGAGCGGCCUCUUUCCUGACCUCUCUGCUGAGCUGAAACGCUGGGACACGUCGUUCGAUCACCAGAAAGCCCGCAGUACUGGUGUCAUAAGCCCAAAAGCUGGCUUUGACCCUGAGUACGACCAGGCACUGACUGGGAUAAAGAACUGUGAACGGGAGCUGCAGGAAUAUCUCCACCGACAGAAGAAGAGGCUUGGCUGUAAAAGCAUGGCUUACUGGGGCACAGGCAAGAACCGCUUCCAGAUGGAAGUGCCGGACAGUGUCUCAGAGAGAAAUAUUCCUGAAGAGUACGAGGUGAAAUCUACCAAGAAGGGCUGGAAACGAUAUGUCACACGGAAGACGGAAAAAAUGUUCUCAGAGCUGCAGGGAUAUGAGGAGAAGAGAGAUGGUGCUCUGAAGGACUGCAUGAGAAGACUUUUCUACAACUUUGACAAGAACUACAAACAGUGGCAGGCUAGUGUGGAGUGCAUGGCAGUGCUGGAUCUUCUACUGGCCCUGACCCGUUACAGUCAGGGUGGAGAUGGACAAAUGGUCAGACCACAAGUGGUGCUCCCUGGUGGUAAAAACCAAAUCACGCCCUUCAUUGAUCUGGUUGGAUCACGCCACCCGUGUGUCACUAAGACUUUCUUUGGUGAUGACUUCAUCCCUAAUGACAUCUUCAUCGGCUGCCCUGGCAGUGGUGGAACUGAAGAGGAGGAGGAAGUGAAGAGGGAUCAAGCCUUGUGUGUCCUUGUCACAGGACCCAACAUGGGGGGCAAAUCCACCCUCAUGAGACAGUGUGGGCUGGUGAUCAUCCUGGCCCAGCUGGGCUGCUAUGCUCCUGCUGAGAGUCUGCGCUUUACUCCAGUUGACAGGGUCUUCACUCGACUGGGAGCCUCAGAUCACAUUAUGGCUGGUGAGAGUACCUUCUUUGUGGAGCUGAGUGAAACUGCCAGCAUCCUGCAUCACGCUACCAACCACUCACUGGUGCUCUUGGAUGAAUUAGGAAGGGGAACGGCCACAUAUGACGGCACAGCUAUCGCCAGUGCUGUUGUGAAGGAGCUGGCUGAGAAGAUCUGCUGCCGUACUCUCUUCUCAACACACUACCACUCCCUGGUGGAGGACUAUGCCAGCAGCCCUGCUGUGCGGUUGGGUCACAUGGCCUGUAUGGUGGAGAAUGAAUGUGAGGAUCCAAGUCAAGAAACCAUCACAUUCCUCUACAAGUUCAUCACUGGUGCUUGUCCAAAGAGCUAUGGUUUCAACGCUGCUCGACUUGCCAACCUGCCAGAGGAGGUCAUCCAAUCAGGACACAGGAAGGCCAGGGAUUUCGAGAAGAGCACCAUCAGCCUCAGACUCUUCAGGAAGCUCUGCCAGUUUGCUGACGGUGCUUCACGGAGCAACACACACUUUACUUCAUUGUUUCAGUUGCUCAACAAUCUGUAGUUUGUACUAGAAAAAAAAUUUGUUCAAUUAGGUUGAUCACCAUUUUUGGGAAAACAAAAAAAAAAACACUACUGCGAUGAUCUAAUAAAGUUUAUUUUUUAAAAAAUGACAA